AUGGACGACAUUCUUACCCGUGCUGGCAUAACGGACUGCAAGUCUCUCUCCACUCUAGCAGCAAUGACUAAAGCCACAUCUCCGUCUACGGACCCUUAUGAGAAUCCUACGCAAUACCGUAGGCUGGCUAGGGCACUGCAGUAUCUCACCAUCACUCGACCGGACCUAUCUUAUGCUAUAAACAGGCUCUGUCAAUUCAUGCACGCUCCUACUGACGAGCACUGGGGCAUGCUCAAGCGGGUUCUACGUUACGUGAAGGGUACGCUCACCUACGGCUUACAGUUGACGGCUUCACCAUUGUUCGACGUCCACGCCUACUCGGAUUUCGACUGGGCCGGGUGUCCCAUAGAUAGGAAGUCAACUAGUGGAUAUGUUGUUUUCCUCGGCUCGAAUCUUGUGUCGUGGGUGUCACGCAAGCAGCGAACUGUCGCUAGGUCGUCCGCUGAGGAGAGUAUAAGGGCCUGA